UUUGAGCUCCGCCUGUUUCCUUCCUCUUGUCCAGUUAAAGAGCUCACCUCCCAGUCACCCCUCUAGUCCACACACACACACACACACACACACACACCAUCAUGACCAGAGUUUGGCUGCUGCUGCUGCUGCUGCCGCCUGCCUGUUCCAUGCUUGUCCAUCAUCUGAGACGCUUCCCUGACGCUGCCAGUGUGUGGGGUGUGUUUGAGGUGUCCCAGGUGCACGGGGGACAGCCCCAAUACUCCUUCAACGCGUCCGUCGCCAGGGACGUCUGCCUGCAGAUGGGCGUCGCCAUGGCAACCAAAGACCAGGUGGACCAGGCCCUGCAUCACGGGCUGCAGACGUGCAGGUUCGGCUGGGUGGACGAGCAGGUCGCGGUCAUUCCCCGGCUCCAGGCCUCCACUCUCUGUGGUCAGAACCGCACCGGACUGGUGCUGUGGCGAGCUUCAGUCAACUUACUCUUUGAUGUGUUCUGUUUCAACCAAACAGACCAUGAGCUCCAACUACAUGGCACAACAACGACUGUGCGCCCCCUCAUAAUGAGCGCAUCACCCCCUUCUUCCUCAACUUCACCCUCCUCUUCCUCCUCAACGUCUCCUGCAGUCAAUCAAGUGGAGGAGGCCCUGAACAGCAGACAGACAGCAGCUGGAGAGGUACCCACUGUGCUUGUGAUCUCUGUGAUGUUUGUGCUGCUGCUACUGGGAGUCACUACUCUAUGGUACAUCAGGAGGAAGGGGAGCGUCUGCCCCCUGCUGGGUGGACGAGUUCACUGCAAGCCCAGCGACACCGAGCUGAAGGAGGCCUGUGUGGUCCAUCUCACCUCCCACACACCAGACACAUCACCAGCCUCCUCCCCAACACCUGACACCACCCAAACACCAUCCAUCAUAACACCUACAGCCACUCAAACACCACCUAUCAUAACACCUGACACCACCCAAACACCAGACACAUCACCAACCUCCUCCCUAACAUCAGACAUUUCUCCAACGACCUAAACCGUCCUUGUCCAUAGGAACACAGCUCAGUAUGAUGUCUGCAUUCACAGCCAGUGGCUCAUAUGGAUGGAGGCUGGAGGCGCGUCUCUCCCCGGUCACAUUUACCACGCGUAUAUAGCACCACACACACUAUUUAAUCACACACACACACGUCUCUCUCUGGUCACUAGUUAAUAUGGAAACUGCACACGCUGCACUGACGCCUUCUGCUGCACCGCUGGAGAUUUAACCCAACACUGGAGAUUUAGCCCAACACUGGAGAUUUAACCCAACACAAAGCUGAAUACCGCUGGAGAUUUAACCCAACACAAAGCUGAAUACAUUCACCUAAAGUGGACUGUAUUUUCUAAGGCAUAAAUAAAACAUUUAGACUAGAGUAGGACCCUGUGUUGUUUUUGUAAAACGUAAAUAAAUCUUUUGUACUAGAGUAGAACUCUGUUCGUUUUUGUAAAGCGUAAAUAAAUCUUCUGGACUAGAGUAGGACCCUGUGUUGUUUUUGUAAAAUGUAAAUAAAACUUAUGGACUAGA